UUUGAGGUACCUUACCAGGUGCGUGCAUAUAGAAGGCUGUUGUUAGUCACCUCUGUGGCUCCGUACAACGUUACAAAACUGUAUAAAUCAACAGGUACACUCAUAGAGGUUUAGUUAAUUCGCUUCAAUCGGUUCACCUGUCCCCUGAGGAAGGAGGAAGACGAACACUGCGGCUCAUGGCUCUGAUUUUAGUCGCCUGCAUUGUGGCAUUCUCCGGGAACACUUUACUGGCAGACGCUCAGACGUGUGUGGAUGGGAGCGUGUUUAAGGAGCAGGUGCUCUAUGUGGGGCAGCAGGAGCCCCCAUACCGGCUGACCUGCCCUCUGGAGCCCCAGAGCCCCCCCCUGCCCCGCCUGACCUGGCAGAAAGACUGCCGGCCGCUGCCAUCCAUGGAAGGGAAGGCCUACCUGGCGUUUGCCAACUUCAGCUCGGCAGACCAGGGGAAUUACAGCUGUAUGCAGCAGGGCAACAGCUCAUCCUCAUUCACUACGCGCCUCAUAGUUAAGUCACGGUGCUCCAAAGACCCAGAAUUUAUGCGAAAUGAAGACAGACUCCAUGGAAAUAUAGGAUCCACUGUGACACUGAACUGCACGGCUCUUCUCUUCUGGGAUCCCACAGAGGAGCACUGUGACACCGCGCUGCAGUGGAGUAAAGAUCACUUUCCCCUCCCCAAUCACAUAUAUUACGCGCUGAAUGCCUCAUGGUCUCCUGCAGCCGGCCAGCUGAUGGUAACCAGUCUGCUGGAGAUCAACCUGGUGCAGGAGGAUUUUGGGCUGUACAUCUGCACAGUGAGGAACUAUUCCUCUCUAUUUAGAGUUUCGGAAGAGGGCCACAUUAUUUCAUGCGGUUGGCCCCACGGCCCCAACCACAUAUUUGCUGUUUUGGCAGCCAUCGUCCUCCUCCUGCUCCUGGCUGUCGCUGCUGUUGUGUACUCCAGGUGUCACCUGAACAUCAAACUCUGGUACAAGAAUUCCUACGGAGACUAUGAACUCAGUGAUGGCAAAUUAUUUGAUGCCUACAUCUCCUAUGUGAACAAUGACCACGACAGGAAGUUUGUCAACUUCAUUCUUAAACCUCACCUGGAGAAUAAAAAUGUGUACAAAGUGCACCUCAAUGACAACGCUAUCCUACCUGGCUCAGAACCGUCUGCAGAGCUGCUGAUGAACUUGAGUCGCUCUCGGCGUCUGAUCGUGUUGCUCUCUCAUGCUUACCUCGAGCAGGACUGGUGCUGCAAUAACUUCAGACAGGGUCUUCUGCACCUGUUGGAGUUGUGUCCGCAGCCCAUCCUCAUCCUGUUGGAGGGUCAGUCCAAACGCAUGAGGCCUGAGAUCAAGCAGCUGCUCAAUGAUCACCAGCACUGCCUCACCGUCCUCACCUGGAAGCACAACUCUGUGACUCCUUCCUCCGUCUUCUGGAAGGAGCUGGCCUUAGCGAUGCCUCGUAGAGUCGUCUUCCGCAGCUCGUCUGCCUGCGAACCGCAGACUUUGCUACACAAUGACAAGGACCCCAUGCUGACCCUCGACUCCAACUACCGGGACUCCUAUUCAGACACUGACCCUGCUGGAGAUCUGGGCCUUCGCCCCCCGCUAUACAAGGCUCUGGCCUCUAAAGCUCCCGUCCUGCCCGUCGCUCACAUCCCGUCCGCCGAGCCCAGACCCACGGACAUCGACGUGUCGGACCUGGGAACACGCAACUAUGGAGCGCGCUCAGACUUCUACUGCCUAGUCACUGAGGAUGACAUCUGAUCGAAACCCCCCCACUGAUCUCUUAAAAACGACUCUACUGAUGCAUUGCUUUAUUGUUACCCAAGUCAAUAUGGGAUAUAUGUGUGUCUUUUACAGUGUUGUGUUAAAUCAAAUGGUUAACUUCUUUUACCUUGUUUUUUCUAUUUACCAAAGAUUGAUUUUUACAUUUUUUAUAUUUUUGUUUACUGUUGUAAAAUAUCUAAUGAGAAAUUGUACAAGUUAUUAUCUGCUGUAUUUGUGUGAAUCAGGGAAAGAACUGUCAUUUCACUGCUUUGAUCUCUCAUGAAGUCCCCAGCAGAGGGCAGAGGGCUGUCAGAUAGAUUGAAGGGAUUUAGCUUUUCAAGCAGUAUUUCAAAAUAUGACAGUUGACGGAUUGGGAAAGAGAAACAAUAAAUGUAACAGUCUUAAAUUAUAACUCCGGACAUCUGUUUGUGCACGUGAGGCAGGGCAAUGCUCAUGACCGAUGAACUCGUAACAUUUCUGUACAUAUGGGAGCUUUGUUUGUUUAAUGUAAAAACACUAACAACGCAGCAAUAAUGCUAAUAAAGCAGUUUGACAAAAUACCUGGCUAUUUCUCUCUUUUGGGAUCAUGAUCUCUGUCUUCAUGGGGUGAUGAUAGCAGUACCUGCAGUGAAAUGAGAGCCUGAAUAAGGGUGCAGCAGGGCAGGUCUGGUGCUGUUCUUGUCUGAGCAGGAGCAAAUAUGUAAACAGGGAGUGGCGGGCAUUUCAUCGUGAUAGUGUCCCUUUAUUACAGUCACAGCGAGAGUGUGCAGCACACACACAAAUAAGACACACUUAAUAAAUGACAUUUCAAAUCGGUCUCUUUAUUAGAUGAAAAAUAUCAUGAUGAUACAUCUGCCUGUACACAACAAAAGCAAAUCUUAAAGCAGUUAGAAAUCCUACAAACUAAAAGGGAAACCAUUUAUGCCAGAGCAAUAAAUAUUAUUAAAAAUGUAAGUUUUGAACAAAAAUCUUUGUAUGAACAAUUACACAUUUAAUUAGAAUAUCCUACUUGCCAAUUUAUGAGUUUCAAUGAGGUCUGGGUUCCGAGUUAGAUUUUGCUAUAACACCUCAAAAACAAAACAUCAUUAUCACCAUAUGAUAUGUUUUGAAAUAAAGUGAGCACUGUAUUCUUUGUACACUCACACCACUUAAUAAAGUACGCAAACGGGCUAAUGAAGAAACAUAAACAGACAUAAUGAAACUAUGAAUUGUGUUUGACAAAACAACUACAAAUGUAUGACAUGACUGCGAUUUU